UUUUAACCAAAACUCUAGAUUCACAUUAAGUUUAAGAUUUUUUGCUUUAGACUAAAAUUCAUGACGACUUCCAGAGAUUUCACGGGCAAAGUAGUGCUGAUCACCGGCUCCGGCGGUGGCAUCGGUGCUGUCACUGCCGUAGAGUUCGCUCGACUCGGGGCUCAUGUGGUGGUCACCGAUCGCAUGAAGGAUAGGGUGUCCGCUGUGGCCAAACAGUGCGCUGAGGCGUCGCCUACCGGUGCUAAAGCCCUGGAAGUGGUGGCCGAUAUCACCAACGAUGACGACUGUCGCCGAUUAGUCUCAGACACUAUUAAGACGUUCAAAAAGUUGGACAUUUUGGUCAACAACGCGGGUCGGGGUGUAGUGUCGAGCAUAUGGGACGAGGAUAUCCUCGACAAGUAUGAGCUCCUUAUGAACACAAACCUCCGGUCAGUCGUAUGGUUGACUCACUUAUGUGUCGAGCAUUUGGAGAAAACUAAGGGUAAUAUCGUUAACAUAUCGAGCGUUGCGGCCCUUAAACCGGCGGCGCUGGAUAUGUUCACAAAGUGCGUAGCCCUUGAGUUGGGCCCCAAAGGCAUCCGGGCUAACGUUGUUACUCCCGGUCCAGUUAAGACCGAGUUUAUCGAAAACAUUCAUAACGUGACUAAAGCGAAAUCCGAUGAAUUAUACGCAGAGAGGGCCAAGAAGUGUCCGAUGGGACGGGUGGGUGAACCCAUGGAUGUGACAAAAGCCGUGUUGUAUAUGACGUCAGAUGACGCGUCGUUUGUGACCGGAUCCAACUUCGUGGUCGAUGGCGGCGCCCAAUAUGUCUAACCCUCAUAUUUAUCACAUUGCGGCCAUGUCUUAUUUAUUGGCCUA